GGCGCGCCCAGACCGUUGUCGUGGGCUCAUGGCGGCCGCGGAGGCGGCGACCGCGCCCGACCCCAGCGGGCUCUCCCCGAAGGAGGAAGGGGAGCUGGAAGACGGCGAGAUCAGCGACGAUGACAACAACGGCUUCGGGCCCUGCGGCGGCGGCUCCCAGUCCGGCGGCAGCCGCGGCAGCGGCAGCAGCAGCAGGCCGUACUCGAGGCGCCGUCCGCCCCCCGGGCUCCACGGGAGCGGCUCCGUGUCCUCCUCCCCCGGGCGGCCCUUCCCGCGAUCACGGCACCAGCCCCCGCCCGACACGGGCCACGGGCACGGCCACGGCGGAUACCGGCCCAAGGACUCGUUCCGCUCCCACCCGCCUGCGCCGCGGAUGCCGCCGGGCUCUCACUCGGAGCCAGGCCCCCGGCUCUCCUUUUGGGAGCGCAGCCACAACGCCCUGGACCGGUUCCGCUUCCGAGGCCGGCCGUACCGGGGCGGCGGGCGCUGGGGCCGGAGCCGAGACUGCAGCGACCGGCCAAGCAACCCUCCGGGAAGGCCGCCCGGAGGGGGUGGCGGCGCCGGGUUCAGUAGCAGCCAGGGCUGGAGGGAGCCCUCGCCUCGGAAAUCCAAAACUUUUGGAAGGUCCCCAUCUAGAAAGCAGAACUACUCUUCUAAAAAUGAAAGCUCUGUGGAAGAAAGUUUUGAGGAUCUGCUUUUGAAGUAUAAGCAGAUACAAUUAGAACUUGAACACAUUAAUAAAGAUGAAAGACUGGCUUUGAACAACAGGGAAGAAAGUGAACAACAAGAUGAUGAUAAAACAGUGGACACUGGGGACCAAAAAACUGUAGAAAAUGACAGUAUUAAAACGGAUGCUGUAAAAGAAGUACCUCCUGAGGAGAAAAAUCCGGUUAUGGGCUUUCAGGCAUUUGAACUGAAACCUCUCAGACAAAAGCUGCCUACUCCAGCUGAGAGGAGCAGAUUAAAAAAAGGCAAAGAAGGCAUGAAACAGUCCUUGCAAAAAUCUGAAGUUACAGAAUCUGGCCAAGGUACAGAAGACAAAGAACAAACAUCAGUGCAAAAGCUUAGCAGUUCGGAUGUAACAUCUGAAAAGAAGCUGCUUGAUGAUGAGGAGGAGAUGUCUGAGUUGCAACUUAGACUUCUUGCACUUCAGUCUGCUAGUAAAAAAUGGCAGCAAAAAGAACAACAGGUGAUGAAGGAAAGCAAAGAAAAAUUAACAAAAAUGAAAAGUGUAACGCAGAAAGUCAAAGCCAGUACAAAAGCACAUUCGACGAAAAAACCUAGUGCUACAGGCAAGCAAGCUGUGAGGAAACAACAGACAAAGACAUCAAAGAAGAUACAGCAGCAAAAGGAGCUAGACAGGCGUCAAAAAGAGGAAGAUCAGAGGAAACAAGAAGAAGAAGAGGAGAGAAGAAAGAGAGAAGAAGAAAUCAGAAAAAUUAGAGACCUCUCAAAUCAAGAAGAGCAGUACAAUCGAUUUAUGAAGCUAGUUGGAGGAAAGAGGAGAUCAAGAAGCAGGUCUUCAGAUACGGAUUUGAGAUGGUCUUUGGAUAAGCAAUCUACAGAAAGUGCAGGAGGCAUAUAUCAGUAUGAUAAUUAUGAUGAAGUUGCUAUGGAUACAGAUAGUGAAACUAACUCACCAGCUUCUUCCCCAGUGCAGCCUCCUUACUUUGAAUGUCCAGUAGGAUAUUUUCCACCUCCAGUACCACCAAUUUCUUUGCCACUACCACCUCCAAUUCCAGAAACAUCAAGUAACAGUGGUCCACCUUCCCCUCCUGUUCCAGAUAACUUACAGUCUGUGCCAAGAAGCAAUCUGUCUGCUGUCAGUAUUAAUACUGUGUCUCAGCCACGAGUGCAAAAUACAAAGUUUGUUAGAGUACCAAGGCUUCCACGUGCGGUGAUCACACUUCCAAAACACAAGUCUGUUGUGGUUACCUUAAAUGACUCAGAUGAUAGUGAGUCUGAUGGAGAACCAUCUAACUCAACUAGCAGUGUGUUUGGAGGACUAGAAUCUAUGAUAAAGGAAGCAAGGAGAAAUGUUGAGGCAUCAAAAAUCAAAGCCCCUCCAAAAUCAGAAAAAGAAAAUGAUCCAAUGAGAACUCCAGAGGCUCUACCAGAAGAUAAGAAGAUAGAAUACAGACUUUUAAAAGAAGAGAUUGCCAGUCGUGAGAAGCAGCGCUUAAUUAAGUCUGAUCCACUGAGGAACAAUUCGUCCCCUGCAAAUUCUGAUGGUGAAGUUGAUGGAAUUGGGAGAAUAGCAGUAGUGACAAAACAAGUCACAGAAGCAGAAGCAAAGCUGAAGAAAAACAGAAUGCUGUUGAUGAAGGAUGAAUCUGUCUUGAAAAAUUUAUUGCAACAACAGGCCAAGAAGAGAGAGAAUGUUCGAAUUGCUGAAAAUAAAAUUAACAAACUGGCUGAACAGCUACAAGCAACAGAGAAGAUCUUGAAUGCUAAUAAGGCAUUUCUCAAGAGGCUUCAGGAACAUAUUCAUAAAGUUCAGCAGCGAGUUACAGUAAAAAAAGCUCUGGCACUGAAAUACGGAGAAGAACUUGCUCGAGCAAAAGCAGUGGCAAGUAAGGAAAUUGGGAAACGGAAACUAGAGCAAGAUCAUCUUGGACCAAGCAAAAUGUUGAAAUUGGAGACCUCCCCUGCAUCAAGUCCGAAAAAGCAUUCAGCAGAAUUGAUCGCACUGGAGAAAAAACGACUUCAACAACUAGAGUAUGAAUAUGCUCUUAAAAUUCAGAAAUUGAAGGAAGCCCGUGCACUUCAAACCAAGGAACAAUCAAAUGCUACACCUCAUGCAGAAGAGGAAUCUGAAUUUACAUUACCUCAGCCAUCACUUCAUGACCUUACACAGGACAAGUUGACUUUGGACAGUGAAGAAAAUUACUUUGAUGAUGAAGUUCUGUCUAAUUCAAACCGAGAACGAAGGAGAUCUUUCAGAGAAUCUAAUUCUUUCACUAAACCAAAUCUUAAACACAUGGACACUCCAAAGCAAGAAACUAUAAACAAAGUUUCUAAAAAGGCUUCAGAGGAGCCUGAGCUCUUCCUUGGGUUGAAUAUUGAUGAACUGAAAAAACUUUAUGCUAAAGCUGACAGCUUGAAAGAGCUGCUGCUGACAAGUACUGCCUCUAUAGUACCUAAGGAAGAUCUGUUGUGUGGUCAGGAAAUUUCAGUGGACGUGGAUUUUCUUACAUCUCAAAAUAAACAAACUGAAGUGAAACCAUUUCCAUUUGGACCAUAUCGUAGUCCUCUUCUAGUAUUUAAAUCCUACAGGUUUAGUCCGUAUUUUCGAACCAAGGAAAAACUGUACCUCAGUUCAAUAACGUAUAGCAAUAUGAUUGAGCCAAAACAGUGUUUCUGCCGUUUUGAUUUAACAGGCACAUGUAAUGAUGAUGACUGUCAGUGGCAGCACAUGAAAGAUUGCACUCUCAACCGCAAGCAGCUGUUUCAGGAUAUUCUGUCUUACAAUUUAGAACUGAUUGGCUGCUCAGAAAAAAGCACCGAUGAGGAGAUCAGCACUGCCACAGAAAAAUAUGUUGAAAAACUUUUUGGUAUAAACAGAGACCGUAUGUCAGUGGAUCAGAUGGCUGUUCUUCUGGCCAGCAAUGUCAAUGAGAGUAAAAGUCACACACCUCCACAUACAACAUGGAAAGAGAAAAGGAAGUGGAGGCCAAAGUACUGGAGAAAACCCCUGUUAGAUAGUAGCAGCAGUGAAGAGGAGCAGUUUGUUGGACCUAUUAAAUAUGCACAUCCCACAGAACAUAAAAAAAGAGUUCCCGUGCUUGAUGCCGUGGUCACUCCAGAUGAUGUCCGGUAUUUUACAAGUGAGACUGAUGACAUUUCCAACUUGGAAGCAAGUGUCCAAGAAAACCCCUGUGAUGUACAGCUUUGGAUUAAACUUGCAUAUAAAUACUUGAAUCAAAAUGAAGGCUCAUCAUCUGAGUGUUUAGAUUCUACUUUAAAUGUUUUGGCUCGAGCCCUUGAGAACAACAAAGAAAAUCCUGAAAUUUGGUGUCAUUACCUCAGACUUUUCUCAAAAAGAGGAACCAAGGAGGAGAUACAGGAAAUGUGUGAAACAGCAGUGGAAUAUGCUCCUUCUUAUCAAAUCUGGUGGACAUUUUUGAAUUUGGAGAAUUCCUUUGAUGGAAAAGACUAUGUAUGUGGGAGGAUGUUACAGUUCCUAAUGGAUGUGACGAGGAGAGGAGAAAAUCCAAAUCUUGUGUCCUUUCAGCUGCUGGAGACUCUCCUCUACAGGGUUCACUUAAGCCUGUUUACAGGAAGACAUCAGAAUGCUCUUAUUCUGCUGCAGAAUGCUUUAAAAUCAGCAAAUGAAAAGAUGAUAUCAGAACACCUUACUGUAAGUGACCGUUGCUUGGCUUGGCUGGCUUACAUACAUUUAAUUGAAUUUGGUAUUCUCCCAGUCAAGUUCUAUGAUCCAGCAAAUGUCAGUCCUUCAAGGAUUGUGCACAAAGAGCCAUUUUUAAUACCAUGGCAAACAGUUCAAGAUGUGAAGACUGAUCCUGAUGUACUGUUAGCUAUGUUUGAAGAUGCGGUCAAAACAUGUACCGAUGAAAGCCUUGAGGCUGACAAAAGAAUAGCUGUCUGCUUUCCUCUCUACAGAAACAUGAUAGCUUUGCUGAAACUUCUUGAAAGGUGGGAGUCUGCUGCAGAACUUUGCAGGUCUUUGUUGGAGCUCUGUCCUAGCAACUGUCAGCUCUUGGAGAGUUUGGCCACCUUGUAUUUGCAGAUGGAGCAGAGUGACAGUGCCUACAAGGUGUGGAUUGGAGCUUUUGAGAAAAAUCCUCAGAAUGCAGAAAUUUUUUAUCGGUUGUGUAAAUUUCUUGUUUCACAGGAAAGAUCAAGCAGUAUUCUUCCACUGUUGCAAGACUUUGUGGCAGCUUUCUUUGAGAAUACAUGCCAACAGCAUGGUCCCAUGGAUCUCUUAAGAUAUCUCUUGAAUUUUCCAAUGCCAAUUGAAUUUACAUCACCCCUCUAUAAAGAACAUCUUACGGAUGAUGUUAUUAACCAGCAAAUCCCAUAUCUGUGGCAGAUAUACUGUUUGUGCCAGUCUAUUCAUGCGAGUGUCGGUGAAGCACUGGAUGCUUAUGAAGCAGCUCUGGGGGCAGUGAUGCAACAGGAAACUGUUCAGAACAUUUGGUUAGAUUACCUUGUUUUUAUCAAUAGCAAAGUUGUUGGAUCCAACAACAAAGUUCAAGAAUUCAAGCUUUUUACUGAUCUAGUGAACAGAUGUCUGGUGACAGUCCCCACACGAUUUCCAAUUCCGUUUAGUACUGCUGAUUAUUGGACCAAUUAUGAGUUUCAUAAUAAGGUAAUUCUUUUUUAUUUGAGCUGCAUUCCAAAAUCUCAGCAUUCCAAAACCUUGGAACGGUUUUGUUCUACCAUGCCUACUAAUCCUGGACUUGCACUGAGACUGCUUCUGCAAUACUGGGAGGAGAGCAAUGUUCAAAUUCUGAAACUGCAAGCCAAGAUGUUUACAUAUAAUAUCCCAACAUGCCUGGCCAUCUGGAAAAUAGCCAUUGCUGCCGAAUGCUUUCUAAUGGGACAAAGAGAAGUCCAUCAUUUAUAUCAGAGAGCCCUUCAGAAGUUACCUCUAUGUGCAACACUGUGGAAAGAUCAACUCUUGUUUGAAGCAUCAGGAGGAGGUAAAACUGAUAACCUGAGAAAACUAGUUUCCAAGUGCCAAGAGGUUGGAGUCAGCCUAGAUGAGCUUUUAAAUUUAAGCACUUACAGAACAGAAAACAAGAAUUACUGAACACUCAGUAUGGUCAGCCAUAAGUCCUAUAAAAUGCCAAAAUCAGUUGAAUGGUUCUUCAGGCUGAUCCAUGUCCUAAGAUCUGUGUAAGGCAGAUGAGUAUUGCUGAGCAUAUCAAGUCUCCGAUCUGCUUUCCUUGAACCUGGAAGCAAUUAACAUGACCACCUUCUGGAAACAUGAACUCCCUGUCUGGCCUUGCUUCUGGGCCCUGCCAGAUUCUCAUAACGUCAUCUACGUAAGUAUAGUUAAUCAAAAUGACAGACUUUAUUUUUUUAUGUUUUCUUUUUAUUUACUAUUUUCUUUGUUUUGCUGUUCCUGAUUCACUUGACACUCUCGCUGAUGCCUGAGAGAUAUGUGUUUCGGAUUAAUUUACUGGGCUGUGUUUACAGUAAAAAGCAAGUAGUCCAUUUUGGGUUUUUCCUUUUUUAAACCUUUUUUGAGACUUUUUCAUUACAGGAUUUAAAACAAAAGCAGCCGCUCUUAAGGAAAGUGUAACUGCCGUGGCCACAAGUAUGCUUCUUGCACUUGAAGGCUCUAAGAGGGUUGCUUACUGCCCUUUUCUGCAUUGGACUCAUGGCAGAGACUAUUAAACUUGAAGAUUAAAGAAACUAUUGCAAAUGCCAGUGCAUCAGAACCUAAGAGUGGUCAAUUAUGUGCAAUUUUUUGUAAAGAAAUUUUAAUUUAUAAUAAAGUUUAACAGUUUAAAGAAAAA